UAAAAUGGAGUUCAUAAGAAUGACAACUUUGGCAAUUUACAUAAUAUUAAUACCAUACCAAGUUAUUAGUGUACAUGGAGAGCAUGAAACAUUUCGGAGGAAUGAUACCUGUGUAUUAUGGAAUUAUAUCGGAGAAUUCAGGCAAGGUUCUAACAACCUGAGAGACUGUGGACUUCAAUUAUAUGAUCCACAUUCGAAAGGUCAUAUCUAUGUCUGUUUGCGAGCAAUGCGUCCUGUGAUUAUUGCCAAAAGCAGAAAGGAAUUGGUCAGAAACCACACUAAAACAAAAGUUGCUGGUAAAAGAAUAGCCUGCGCGAGGUUCUUGGCAGUAAGAAGGCCAAACAGCAAUAUGCGCUGGACAUAUAUCAACUCAUACACGUACUAUACUGCUUUCUUCAAACACAGCGAAAGGCCUCUUGUGAUUACCAGGAGAUGCUUUGAACAUUUUGGGGACGUUUCUACUUUGGUUUUAAUCUUGAAUGUUCCGUACUCCUCUGAAACGAAGUCAGGACGUGGAGUACUGUAUACUAGGAUAAGAUAUAUGGCCAACAUGUAUGAUAUUAAUUUCUGGAAAGUAUCCAUUCGUUACAUAAUACAUGGAUUUUCUCUGAAUAGAUUAAACUGUGUAACGUUACCUUUAGAUACAGAUGGAUUUAGUUAUGGACAAGAACAUGGUUCGAAAUUUAGGCUUGUGGUAACGUCGGAAGAAAUAUCAAAACAUUAUAAUCGGUGUAUAACAGAUAAAGAUAAUAUGAAAAACGUCAAAUGCAAUGCAACAGAUGCCAAAGACAAUUCUGAAAAAAACUAUGUUAUAUAUUUAACAGUGAUAUUUUUUCUCCUUUAUACUUUUGAAGUUGAAAGUUGUUUUCAUGAUAAAUUCGACCAGGAUAGACCUGUGGAGUGUAACGGCGAUCAAAACAGUAACGGUAGAAAGGAGAAUGGACAUACAUGUGAUACUCUCCCAAAACAAGGUAUGAUUGAUACAACAGCGGAUGAUUCUAUACAAGAUGCAGACAGGCCGAUUGCAGCUGUUGGUCAACCGUCUAUCCUCAACGAUGAGCGUGAAGCUGCUACAAAUGGAAAUAUCGUAAACAAUGGUGAGAUGAUGAUCAUCAUAGUCGAAACUGUCAAUGUUGGAACUAAGAAGGCUGUAAGAAUAUAUAAAACAGAGACCGCUCUAGCACUGCUAGAUGCAAAUAAAGAGGCAUCCUUAGCUGUUGGUCAACCGUCUAUCCUCAACGAGGAGCGUGUAGCUACGAAUGGAAAUACCGUAAACGAUGAUGAAGUAAAGACAAACGAUGCCAUCGACACAGUCGAAAUUAUCAAUGUUGGAAUCGGGAGGGAUGUAAGCGAAUAUUUAACACCAGAGACCGAUCAGUUAGAAGUGCUAGAGGCAACUAAAGAGGCUGUGGGUCAACCGUCUAUCCUCAACGAGGAGCGUGUAGCUACAAAUGGAAAUACCGUAAACGAUGAUGAAGUAAAGACAAACGAUGCCAUCGACACAGUCGAAACUGUCAAUGUUGGAAUCGGGAGGGAUGUAAGCGAAUAUUUAACACCAGAGACCAAUCAGUUAGAAAUGCUAGAAGCAACUAAAGAGGCUGUGGGUCAACCGUCUAUCCUCAACGAGGAGCGUGUAGCUACGAAUGGAAAUACCGUAAACGAUGAUGAAGUAAAGACAAACGAUGCCAUCGACACAGUCGAAACUGUCAAUGUUGGAAUCGGGAGGGAUGUAAGCGAAUAUUUAACACCAGAGACCAAUCAGUUAGAAAUGCUAGAAGAAACUAAAGAGGGAGGUGCAGCACAAGAGGAUGAACUUGUGUGCAAGAUAUGUUACAUGGAGGAAAUUUCAGUUGUGUUUCUUCCGUGUAGUCAUAUGCUUGCAUGCGAAAGCUGUUCGAAGCUUCUCGAGCGUUGCGCUGUGUGUCGUGCCGUGAUCAAGGCAAUGCUAAAAGCCGAGAUAAAGUAGUCGUUUUGAAAAAAUAAAACGACAUGGAAUUUAAACAAAAAAUGGAUCAAUUUAUACAUAAACUUUACUAUCAGGUUGUUUUAGAAGAUGUGAUUUGUGUUUUAAUGGAACUAACGAUUUUCGGAUAGCAUCUUUGACUCGAGUACUUGUAUUUAUUCAUGUAUAUAUAUUAAUUGUUUCAUACAGUAGGGGAAAUCCGGAUAAAUACGGACGAUUUUUGCACUUUGGUGUUCAAUAACUUAGAGCAGAACGCAUAGCUUCGAUCGACAUACCAACACAAACUUAUUUGUUCGGAAAACUAUUUACACGGAUAUUUAGCAUCUCAUAAAGGCAGACAUGUGUCCGAGAUAUUGCUAGUUAUCAAAAAUAAAUUACCUCUUAAAACCGGGAUAGUACGGACACAGUAGUAGAACUACGGACACAAGACGGGAAAAUACGGACAAUAAAUAUUUCAAAGGGGGAAGUACGGACACUUAUGUCUUUUUAAAAAUAAGUCAAUUCCACGCGUUUUAAUACUCUAUUGAUCUAUUCUAAACAUGUACAAAUGAGAAAAUCAACUUUGAUGGAAAUCUCCGCCUGCCCAUUUCGUCGUUUUAAUGCCCUGCAAGAACAACGUGAAUGCAUUAACAUUUUAUACAUGAAAUACAUCAAGUAUGCUUUUUAUAUAUUUUGGUCAAUUUUAUUAAUACUUUUCAGUUAGUAAUUUAGAAGUUGUUAGUAUUCACAUCAUAUGUAUUGAUUAUUUUUAAGUAGAGAAAUACGUAAGAAAGGAAUAAUUAAAUAUAUAGUUUAUGAAUACUACAGUAAAAUCUUUGAAAACCGGACCCUUUGAAAACCGAUAUUCUCUGAAAAAAGUAUGGUAAACAUAUCAUAAACGAUCCUCUGAAAACUGGUCAUCAAUUUUAAAUGGCGACUUUCUGUGUAUGUAAAUGUGAAUAAAGAUAUACUUUAAAAAGGCGACAUGUUCAAUUACCAGUAAUGGUCACCCGAUAUUAAACUAUGCAGGCGAGAAAACACUUGUCAGUGUGUAUGUGUUAAUUUAUUGACAAAAACAUUAAAGUCCUUUCAUUAUAUUUAUGUCUUCACCCGUGUAGGUAUGAUUUUUAAAAUGUUUCAAUUUGUUGGGUUUUUUUUAUAGAAAUAAUUGGGAAACUUUAGUUAAAUGAUUCUUGUUUUUCUUAGAAUUUUGAUCUUGAAGCUAUCUUUAUUUGGACAAUCAUUUUAUGUAAACAAAAUGACAAAAAUGCAGUUAUUAAAUAUUUCAAAAGCCAAUUAAAAGUUAUAUUUCAGACAAUGUGUUGUACUUUUAAUUUCAAAUUUCUGAUUUUUUCAUGAAUUUGCAUAACAAAAUUACUCAAGACAUGAGUAAAUACAAAUUGAUUUAAACAAAGUCAAUGUUCAAACACAUCAUAAUUAUCAGAGCAGAACAGAACAGAGUUUAUUUCAUAACAUGUACACACAUAGGUACAUUGUUAUAACAAGCAAUUUGAAAUAUAACUUUAGUUCACAUAUUUUACAAUAUAGGGAAAAACAUAAAGAAAAAAAUCAAUACAAUACUGAGCAAUGGGAUAUUUAAUACAUACAAUGUAAUACAUCACAUAUACUGACAAAACUCCAUUAAUCAAAUAUAUAUUUAUAUCUAUAAAUUACGUCUGUAAAUGAAUAAUGAAGAGCACUAAAUUUAAGCGAAGAACAAACAAUAACUUCACUUUUAAUCGAAUUAGUUGACAAAAUAUUUUCUCAAUAUGAUAUAAAGAACGUCACAGUAUAUAUGAUCAAAACAGCGUCAUAAUACUAUUGAAGAGAAGAUUUCUAGAGCUAUCAUUUCGUCUGAUGUUUGCCUUUUUUUAAAUAAGAACAUAAGUUUGUAAGUACUUUAUGGCUUUAAGAUUGCAGUAAUUCUGUAAAUGUGGUCACACAAGGCCGAAUGUAAAAAUAACGCAUAAUAUAUUAGCUACGUAGAUUUUCAUAAGCACUGCAUUUUAAAACAAACCCAAUGUGAACACAUUACUGACUUAACUUUGAAAAAUAAAAAUAUUGUGACAUUUCUUAGCAACGUAAGCGAUUUAGGGCCACCAAAGCUCACUUGUUUUACCAAGUAGCUUUUAGUAGUACAAUUUUAAAUUUGGUGACCAAUACUUUCUUUCAUAUAUUUUUUCAUGUUUUCUUAACAUGUUUCAUGUGUGAAUCGAUGACUGUGUUAUUUGCAAAAUGUUUAUUUUGUUUAACUUAAGAUCAUUACAUUGAAUAUUCCUAAUAAAAUACUAGCAAAAAUA